CGCAACGCGGCAUGGCGGCGGCCGAGGCCGAGCGCAAGCGAAAGCAGACCGGGGAGGAGGGGGUGGAGAAGGAGAGGGUAGCGGCGGAUGAAGAAGAGGAGGAUGAGGAGCGCUGGGUUGGGCCGCUGCCAGGGGAGGCUGCCCAGGCCAAGAAGAGGAGAGUUCUUGAAUUUGAACAUGUUUAUCUUGAAAAUCUACCAUGUGCUUCGAUGUACGAACGCAGUUACAUGCACAGAGAUGUCAUUACACAUGUAGCGUGUACUAAGACAGAUUUUAUCAUAACGGCCAGUCAUGAUGGACAUGUAAAAUUCUGGAAAAAAAUAGAGGAAGGGAUUGAGUUUGUUAAACAUUUCCGGAGUCACUUAGGUGUUAUUGAGAGUAUUGCUGUUAGUUCGGAGGGGGCAUUAUUCUGUUCUGUUGGAGAUGACAAAGCGAUGAAGGUGUUUGAUGUAGUCAACUUCGAUAUGAUCAACAUGCUGAAACUUGGCUACUACCCUGGCCAGUGUGAAUGGGUAUACUGCCCCGGAGAUGCCAUAUCUUCUGUUGCAACAUCUGAGAAGAGCACAGGAAAAAUAUUCAUAUAUGAUGGACGAGGAAAUAACCAGCCACUUCAUGUCUUUGAUAAACUCCAUACAUCCUCUCUUACUCAGAUACGGCUGAACCCUGUCUACAAAGUAGUGGUGUCUUCCGACAAAUCGGGAAUGAUUGAGUACUGGACUGGUACUCCUCAUGAAUAUAAGUUUCCCAAGAAUGUGAACUGGGAGUAUAAGACAGAUACUGAUCUAUAUGAGUUUGCUAAAUGCAAAGCUUACCCAUCCAGUAUAAGUUUUUCACCUGAUGGCAAGAAAAUGGCCACUCUUGGUUCUGACAGAAAAGUUAGAAUUUUCCGUUUUCUGACGGGGAAGCUCAUGAGAGUCUUUGAUGAAUCUCUGAGUAUGUUUACUGAACUUCAGCAGAUGAGACAGCAACUACCAGACAUGGAGUUUGGCCGACGUAUGGCAGUUGAGCGUGAGCUGGAGAAAGUGGAUGCAGUAAGGUUAAUUAAUAUAAUUUUUGAUGAAACUGGACACUUCGUUCUCUAUGGAACAAUGUUGGGCAUUAAGGUCAUAAAUGUAGAGACUAAUAGGUGUAUUCGUAUCUUGGGAAAACAAGAAAACAUAAGAGUGAUGCAACUAGCGUUGUUCCAAGGAGUAGCAAAGAAACAUCGUGCUGCGAUCACUAUAGAGAUGAAGGCAUCUGAAAAUCCUGUUCUGCAGAAUAUCCAGGCAGAUCCAACAGUAAUCUGCACAGCUUUUAAAAAAAACAGAUUUUACAUGUUCACUAAACGUGAACCAGAAGACACAAAGAGUGCGGAUUCUGACAGAGAUGUAUUUAAUGAGAAACCUUCUAAAGAAGAGGUAAUGGCAGCCACUCAGGCAGAAGGUCCCAAAAGAGUUUCAGACAGCGCCAUCAUCCACACAAGCAUGGGAGAUAUCCACAUCAAGCUUUUUCCUGUUGAAUGCCCCAAAACAGUGGAAAACUUCUGUGUGCACAGCAGAAAUGGUUAUUACAAUGGACACAUAUUUCACCGCAUCAUCAAGGGUUUCAUGAUUCAGACUGGUGACCCAACUGGUACAGGCAUGGGAGGUGAAAGUAUUUGGGGAGGAGAAUUUGAAGAUGAGUUUCAUUCAACAUUACGACAUGACAGACCAUACACGCUCAGCAUGGCGAAUGCAGGACCAAAUACCAAUGGGUCCCAGUUUUUUAUAACAGUAGUGCCAACUCCAUGGCUAGACAACAAGCACAGUGUGUUUGGACGGGUGACUAAAGGAAUGGAAGUUGUUCAGAGAAUCUCAAAUGUAAAAGUCAAUCCCAAAACUGACAAACCCUAUGAGGAUAUCAGCAUCAUUAAUAUCACAGUGAAGUAACCAAAGACUUGAAGGUUCCAGCUUAAGCAGAAAAAUACUUAGCACACUGAGACUCAAAAAGGGACCUAGAAAAAAUUUUUGAUAAUUUCCGGUGAAUUCCUUUUGAUAAUUCCUACAUCGGUAAUAAGUGCCAGGACAUAGCAAUUACCAGUUCUACUAUUUUUAAUGUACCUGAAGUGCCCUAAGUCUGUAUUUCUAGUACCUUUGUUUUUUUUAAAGUAAAAAUAUCUGCAUGUUUCUUACAAAGUCUACUGUUCUUCUUCCAUCUCUUCUAUGCAGCACUGAAAAUAAAACCACACACCGUGUCUCAUGAUACUUUUUGUAACAGCAUCAGUGUACAGUUCAUAAAUUUUUCAUAGUUAUUUGCAUCUUUCAUAUCUUAUUAAUCCUUUUCAUCGUAUUGAAAUCUUUGACAGAGGAAAGGAUCAAAAAUCAUAAGCUGAAUGAACUCUUCAAUCAUAUGUACAUGCAUCAAAAAUUAGCUUAACUUACCAUACUGUGUAUAUACCUUGUCAUGGCAAUCUACCUCUGGCCUUUAACUGGUUGUGUACAUGUCUUCUGUGUCCAACAGCAAUGAUGAUCUCUUGGAAUGCCAGUGCAUAAAGCCCUAUGCAGCUUGUUUGGCAUUGCCAAUAAUGUUUUUUUUCUUUCAAUGUUUGCUUUUUCAUUAUUUUAGCCUAGGGAGUCUGUUUCUAGCUUCAUUUUGACCCAAACUCUUACAACCAUUACUACUUCUACUGAAAAUACUUAGUUGAAGAUAAGCUUAGCUGAGAUCGUUACUAUCAUUUAUGUCAGGCGAUUCUUAUGCAGUCUUCCAUGAAAGCUCAGGCAACUUCUCAAGCUGUUGUGAACCUGUGGC